AUGAGAAACGCUAUUUCGUUGCUCAGCUCGGCAGUGCUGCCCUUGCUAGCCAUAGCUUCCAACACACCCGGCUUUCGAGUUGCAGAAACCAGUCCAUUCACCGUCUAUCAGUACUCAGAAAACGGAACGUGGAUUGCAAAUAUAGCUAACCGGCCGAACAAUGAUCUGGUUAUCACACGAACCGAUGUGCCAGAAGUAUGGACCAUCAAUGUGGACGAAGGCACUGCUCAGCUAGCCACAAACAUCUCAGAUGCCAGAAAUCUAAUUGGAAUCUCUGCGAUUGAUGAUGAUGAGUACGUGGUUAUUGGGGGAAACCUGAACACUACCACACUCGCUCCAGAAAUAGGCUCAUUUUCGGCAUGGAAAGUCACUAUCGACUCUGACAAUAAUGCCACAGCAUGCCUAAUUGCAGCCAUUCCCGAAGCGGGAUUUUUACAUGGAGUCACGACUUUCCAGAAGACCAGAGACACUGUUUAUGUAUUGAUCGCAGAUGCUGUCCAGGGCGCAAUUUACAAGUUGGACACAACAAGCGGUGAAUACUCUAUUGUUAUUCAAGACGACGGUCUAUCUGGGGUAAACAAUCUGCACAUGCAGAACAAACACCUAUACUUUACUGCUACGCAGAAGAAGAUCUUUGGCCGUGUGCCGGUCGACCUUGAACAAGGCAAUGCUACUGGAUCUAUCGAGAUUAUUUUGGACGACCAGAACCUUGUGACUGAUGGAUUUGCCCUGGCUCCGAACGGCAGUGUAGCUUUCAUGGCAACAUUUACUCAGAAUUCCAUAAUCACAAUCGACCUUGACGCCGAUGAUCACCCAACCAAUGUCAUUUACGGCGGAAUCAAUUCGACUGACAUUGCCGGACCAACAACCGUCCAAUUUGUUCAAAACGGACCCUGGGGAACUUUGUACAUUGCGACCAAUGGUGGCCAGACUGCGCCUGUCGGAGGGAGCUUUGUUGAGCCUGCCAAGAUUGCAGGCGUCUACCUCUAA